GAAUUCAAGGUGUGGAAGACUAACGCCGUGCCCCCGCCGGAGACCUACAGCCCGCCCGAGAAGAAGCCGCCGCCGGCCCCGGCCGUCGACAUGGCCAUAAAGUGGUCUAACAUCUACGAGGACAACGGGGACGACGCGCCCCGGCAGGCCGGGAAAGCCAAGUUUCUGCCGGAUGAGGAGCAGGAGCCCCUGGAAUCGGAUGGUGAAAAGGAGGACGAACCAGCUUCUGCUAAGAAACGUAAACUAGACUCUGGGGAGCAGACGAGGAAGAAGAAGUUGUGA